AUGCCGGAGAGCGGGUUUGUCCCGACGCAUAUCCUCCACAACCCUCGACCGAUUUACAGCCACAGCGAGUACAACUUCAAAUCGAAGAUCAUUUGCACCUUAGGCCCAGUUAGUCGAGAGGUUUCCGUCCUCGCGGACAUGCUCCGUGCCGGCAUGAAAGUCGCGCGGUUCAACUUCUCGCAUGGUGAGCAUGCCUACCACCAGCAGACCUUGGAUAACCUAAGGAAGGCCUGUGCCAGCACUGGUUUGCUGUGUGGUGUCCUACUGGACACAAAGGGUCCAGAGAUCCGCACCGGCUUCCUCAAGGAUGGAUGUGCUGUUACACUCGAGGCACGAUCCGAAGUAACCUUGACCACCGAUUAUGGCGUGAAGGGCGAUGCCAGAACUAUUGCAGUAUCCUAUCCGAGCCUUGCCAAGGAUGUCAAACCUGGAAGCAAAAUUCUUGCCGCGGAUGGUUCCAUCACAUUUACCGUAUUGAGCUGUGAUAUUAGCGCGGGCACGGUUAGGGCUCGCGUUGAAAACGAUGCCAAGCUUGGCGAAAGGAAAAAUAUGAAUCUUCCCGGUGUUAUUGUGAACCUACCGACUAUCACAGAAAAGGACAAGACUGAUAUUCUUGAAUGGGGUGUCAAAAACAAAGUUGAUUUUAUCGCAGCCUCCUUCGUGCGCAAAGGAUCCGACGUUGAAUAUAUCCGCGAGGUUCUCGGGGACUCGGCGAAGCACAUUUCGAUAAUAUCCAAAGUUGAGAACCAGGAAGGCCUUGACAACUUUGCCGACAUCGUAGACAAAUCUGAUGGCAUCAUGGUUGCCCGUGGAGAUCUUGGCAUGGAGAUUCCUAUGCAUCAGAUUUUCCUCGCACAGAAGCGCAUGAUCAAGCGAUGCAAUGAGCACGGAAAGCCCGUGGUGACAGCGACCCAAAUGCUCGAGUCAAUGACAGGCGCGCCCAGACCUACACGCGCAGAAGCAACUGAUGUCGCGAACGCCAUCCUCGAUGGAACUGACUGCGUGAUGCUCUCUGGAGAGACCGCGGCGGGGGAUUAUCCGGUUCACGCAGUCCAUUCUAUGGCACAAAUUUGUGGAGAAGCAGAGGCUCACAUUGAUCCUGUCAGUGUUUAUCGCCGUAUUCUUGAGCGACAGGAAAUCCCCAUGAAAAACUUUGAGUCGGUCGCAUCUACCUCAGUGCGCGCUGCGGAGAAGGUCGGCGCAAGGCUAAUCAUAUCACUUGCACGCACCGGAAUGGUGGCACACCUUAUGGCGAAAUAUCGACCUGCUGUCCCUAUUCUAAUGGUCGUCCUGGAUGAGAACAAUGAUGGGUCCGCGCAAAGCUUGGCCAGGAGAUCUCUUGUUUACCGUGGCAUAAUACCACUCGUAGUCCCUUCCGUUGGAGACUACAGGACACAGCUCAUCGAGGCAAUUGAUCACGCUGUCAAGCUUGGCCUCGUGGUUACCAACGAUAAAGUUAUCGGCGUGCAUGCGCUGGGCAAAGAUUCGGUGAUGAAGGUACUUGACGUGCAUUAAUGUUGUGCAACACGCAUAAAAUCGGAGGGUCCGGCGCCUGCCAUGUAUUUUUCGACUCCAACGGUACAACUACCAACACUGCACACUGUAUUAGUGACAUAUCCGUUUGAUUUUGUUGGGGAGGCAGGGAUAAUCUGAGCGACUGAUCGAAUCGGCGCCAGAGAGCGAUGCUCAUGUCACGUGCUUGUCCUCAAUGUUCCUAUCGCAGGCUUCGGGAUCAUGCGCGAAAUAGCUGUAACGUUUUUAAACGACCGACUGGCGGUCGGUGCUUUCUAAGCGGCUAAACUCGAAUGCCACGGUGGAGUCGGAGCCGUACUUUCAUUUCAAGUCGACGGUGGCCGUCUCGAAUGGCAAUUAUACAAUCGGAAGUAAAUCAGUAUCAUCAAUCCCCUUAAAUAGCGAAAUGCCAAAGAUGCACAGAUUCGGAGGCAAAUGUUACCACCCCCGACCGUCGACGACCACGGAAACCACCGGCCACCACCAUCCGACGAGAUGAGCAUAUUAAUUAAUAACCGGGAUAUAUUAACUAACCGGGAUAUAUUAAUUAAUAACCGGGAUUAAUAUAUAAUAAUAUACAAUCAGUACGUAC